AAUCAAAACAUGCUUAGGGCACUUGUGGUGUUUUCUGAUCGAUAUUUCAAUGCUGUUGAUGACGAUCCAACAAUAGGACAUAAACAUGACUGAAGAAGAAGAUUUCCUUUCCUUCAAUUUUGAAGAAGAAGGAACCCAAGUCAAGACACCCAGAAAGAAGUUUUCUUAUAAUGCUAAAGUCUGUGACCCGGAGUGGUUCCUGACAGCUGAACAACCUGUCGACAGAAAUGAUGUUAUCACAUACCACAAAUUCAGGGCCGAUCUAUUUUUUAAGAAAAAGCAAUAUCAUGAUGCCUACACAGAGUAUGAAAAAAUAAGGGUUCUUUUGCCUCCGAAGAAUACCUUUGUAAUGGCGGAUAUUUUGGAGUCGCAGGUUCGAUGUUUGGUCAAUAUUCCUGACCCUACAGCAGACCCUGUCAAGCUGGCGCUAAGUUUGUUGGAAUCCUGUAAGAACGAUAACCAAGUUAUAAACUGUUUGUUGUUGCUACAGCAUGUCUACCACACAUUGGAAAUGACGCAAGAUGAGAUAAUCGCGCUGCAGAAAUGUCUGGCUGUCCAUCACCAGAGCGUUGACCUCUGGAUGAAACUGGCAAGGGCCUAUAAGAAACUCUUUAAACUAGAUGAAUCUCCUGUGAAAGAUUUGACGCAGAAACUAAAAUCUACAGUAUUAUCAGAAUCGCCUCAGAAGAAUGCUGGUUCGGAUGACGUCAGUUUAGCUGAAUCAGUGAAGGUAUCGAAUGACUCAGGUUGUGGAAGGCUGGAUCAGGGUGAUAAAGUUUCAGCUAAAGACGUGAUUGAAAGCAAUAUGGACAAAGCUGGUAAUGACUGUGACAGUGCUGAAGUUGCGGGACAAGGUGACAAAGUUUGUGAUCACACUUUUAGGACUAGUCCCGAAAAUUCUUCUUCUGACGCUGGGAUUUCUGAUCCUUCUGUCUCUGGUGCUGUGGAAGGGAUUGUAACAAACCUAUCAUGUGAGGAUUCUGGUGCCAGCCAAAUAAAUCGGCGUAGUACUAGUAGCUGUGAUAGGAGUGCCAAACCAAGUCAUGAGUUUGACAAUCAUAGGAAGACAGAGUUUUUAUAUUCAGACGUUACCAUGGACAGCUGUCGCCUGAAUACAGGUAUGCCUGGGAAGCUGGUGGUGCUUGCAUGUUGGCUCAGGGCUAGGGCUCUAUUAUAUAACCAGCGCGAACUUGUUGGGUUGGCCUUAGAGCGACAGACCCAACAGCAGCAAUAUGUGAUGGCAGAGAUUGAAAGGAUGAAGGUGCCAGACGAUAUUUUCCAAACGCUCAAGAUGGAAGUGUAUCUGACCCCAUCAGUGUUUAAGACAAAAGUUGCUGAGAUUGAUUUGAAGGAUCCAUCUUUCCAAGAUUUCUUCGAGAAUAUAUGGUUCUCCUGGCCAAAAGACGUCAAAGCUGACUUGGAGCUGCCAAGUACCGAGGACAGCUUCGAAGGACUGUGAUUUGUUGGACUUAGAAAUAAUUCAAAAGACUAUUUCAACUUGGGUCUCAUUUUAUUGCAGAAUUGCAAUACAGAGAUUGUACCAUCUAGGGAUUCAAAUGGGAAAUAACCACUAUAUCAUGCAGGAAAAACACUUGCUUAAAUGGUAAUUUUUGAUGAAGUAAUGUUGAAUGUUGUAACUCCUAGAUGCCGGGAAAACUGCAAGGCAUGUUUUUGAGAAAAUAAAACCUUA